AUGCACCUCCUGGCUCUUCUAGGGGCGAUUUCGCUCCUGGUCGCCUCUGUCGUGGCCGAUUCCCUUCCAUUCUCUUCAGAUCUCUACUACUGGCCCGUCGGAGCCACCAAACCCUCCGUACUCGCACGCGUUGCGUAUGACCCGGCUUCAUUGAAAUCGGAUGUGAUUUCAUACCACCCCCCGCAGACCGACCGAUCCGAUGGCCUGGCUCGCAUUGGUCUCUAUACCAGCACCACCACCAACCCAAAGCAAUGGAUCGGUAGCCUCAUCUCCCAAUCCUCCUUGACCGGCGCGGAGCUCCGGCCCACAUUCCGCCUUCAUCUCGGUCCCUCAAACGAGAUCUAUCAUGUCUCUAUGGCAGAAUCAUCAGCCAUUGCUACAGCACAGAAGGCCGGUCCUCUGAUAGAGCUGGUGACGAGUGUGCCGGGUACACAACCACAUCUCAACCGACCUGUCGUGGUCGGCCCUGAUGGGCAAAACCCGGAGCAGGUGGAGGAAAAGAGCCUCUUCCAGAAGUACUGGUGGGUGCUAUUGAUUUUGAUGUUCUUGACCAUGUCGGGUGGCGGCGAAGGACAAUAA